AUGGCGACACCAGACCUGCUACACAUGUCGAUAUACGACAUGCCAACCUCGCCUCCUCUGUGGGACAAGAUUGGCAGGUUCUACAUCGGCUUCUGCUGCACAUGGACGACUCUAGUUCUCUCUGGCAUGAUAUUCUGCGCGGUGAACCGCAAGAACCCAAUCCUCAAGAUCCGUGGAUUGCCACUCUCCUUUGGUGCCAUUAUUUUGCUUCACUCGUAUUGGAUCCUGGCGCAGAUUACAUAUCCCAUCGGACGGUCAAUACCCGUCAUACUGGCCUACGAUAUUCAAUACUUCUUCAUGGGGAUCUACUUCCCGCUUGGUAUUGCGCUCUUUCACGCUUCUAAUCUCCGUUUUCUUCAUGUCGCCAAGCUGCAGAAGCAGUUUACUCAGCCUGUGCACCGAGUUACAUCUGGGUGCAAUGGUGCCAAAACGUCUCUUCUUUGUCGUGUUCGAAAUAUGAACUAUACUGCGCGGAUCAUGCUAUUUAUCGGUAUUGGCAUGGUGGCACAGGUUCUUCUUACCCUUGGCAUGUGGUUUGCCUGCAUGAAAUAUCACCCGACUUAUGGCCUGCCCGGUACUCAAAUCAAGGGUGCAACUCUCCCAGAGCAACUGGUUGACCUGGGCCGUGGUUGGGAAUGGUGGCCCUCGGUGCUUUGGCAAGUCGUCUGGACUUGGAUUGUUGCUCCCUAUCUUAUCUGGCGGGCUUGGGGCAUUCGCGAUACCAUGGGGUGGCGUACACAAACCAUCGGAUGUUGCUUAGCCAACCUCCAUGCCACUCCCAUGUUCCUCAUCGCUUCCUAUGUUCCGGCAUUCGAAAAGGUCAACCCCUACUUCACUCCUAGUCAAUGGAUUCAUCUGUCCAUCAUGAUAUUCGAAAUCUUCACCGUCUUCGUCCCCGUCUUCCAAGUCAUUCGAAUGUGGUUCAUCCAAAGACGAGUCAAUGACUCGAAUGCCAAAUGGGAAACCGCAUCCCAAUCUAGCGGUACAUCACAGUCGUCAACAUUAGACUGGAAGAGCUCAACUCACAGUCUGUUUGAGAAGGGCAAGGCGUUAGACUAUCUCGAUGAAGAACUCGGAGAUCGCCUGUUAACCAUGACUGCCCUCGACCACGUCCUCAAGGACAACCCUGGUCCGCUGCAGGAAUUCUCAGCUCUGAACGAUUUCUCCGGUGAGAACAUUGCCUUCCUGACACGGAUGGCACGGUGGAAGUCAUCUUGGCCUGUCAUGCCCGACGGCGAACAAAAGCUUGAUGUGUACAAUGAGGCUCUCGCCAUCUACACCGACUUCAUCAGUCCCCGGGACGCCGAAUUCCCAUUAAACUUGUCCUCGCGUGAGCUCAAGCAUCUCGAGGAGAUUUUCGAAAAGGCCGCCCGUAUCAUCUGCGGCGAGGCAUCGUCCAACCCUGCUACACCUUUUGACAUCGAGGCACCAUCGCCCACUCGCAGUGGUUCAGACUACGGCAUCGGCACUCUUGUCAAGUACAGAGGGGACAUACCUGCGAAAUUUGGUCUCACUGUAUUCGACCGCGUCCAAAGCCAUAUCAAGUAUCUGGUCUUGACCAACACGUGGCCCAAGUUUGUUUCUGAGAUGCAGUCCAGAAGAAGAUCGAGUGAGACUGGGCGCAGUAUUCUCACUGAUGUGUCGGGACAAUCACAUGGUAGUAGGCUUUCUGCUCGUUUGGCCAAGUUGCUGCGCGACUUGGGUCUGUAA